AUAACAUUAUCAAACCCAAUUAUUUCUUUCUAAAAUUCUUUUUGUUAUUUCGGAAUAAGGACUCGGAGCCUGAAAAUUCUCAGGGAAGGGCUUUCCGGCCAAUUAUAAAUACAUUCUCCUUCCCCAAUUAAUGUUCUCACUACCACCGCUAAAACAUCUCUCUCUCUCUCUCUCUCUCUCUCUCUUCUUUUCCCAUUUCGUUUCUCUCUCCCGGUUCAAUCAUGACGAUCACCCUCCUCGUUGAGAACCCGGAGUUUGGAGUUGCAGCGGAGGAGAAGGGAUUUAAUCAAGAGUCGGAAUUGGUUUUGGACGGAGGGUUUUUGGUGCCCUAUGCCAAUUCCUUUGGCCACGGAUUUAGAGACUAUGAUGCGGAAAGCGAAAGGCAAGAAGGAGUAGAGAGAUUCUACAAACUCAAUCACAUUAAUCAAACUUACGAUUUCGUGAAGAAGAUGAGAAAAGAGUACGGUCAAUUGAACAGAGUGGAGAUGAGCAUUUGGGAAUGCUGCGAGCUUCUCAAUGACGUAGUUGAUGAGAGCGAUCCUGAUUUGGAUGAACCUCAAAUCGAACACUUGUUGCAGACUGCUGAAGCCAUCAGAAAGGAUUAUCCCAAUGAAGAUUGGCUGCAUUUGACUGCUCUUAUUCAUGACCUCGGAAAGGUGCUUCUUCUACCAAGCUUUGGUGGUCUUCCUCAAUGGGCGGUUGUGGGAGACACCUACCCUUUGGGUUGUGCUUUUGAUAAAUCCAUUGUCCACCACAAGUAUUUCAUGGAAAAUCCUGAUUACUAUAAUCCUGCAUAUAACACUAAAUACGGAGUUUACUCACCAAAUUGUGGACUUGACAAUGUAAUGAUGUCGUGGGGGCAUGAUGACUACAUGUAUUUGGUGGCAAAGGAGAAUAAUACUAUUUUACCUUCUGCAGCACUUUUUGUCAUCAGAUACCACUCAUUCUACUCAUUACAUAGAUCCGAUGCAUAUAAACACUUGAUGAAUGAGGAGGAUGUUGAAAACCUGAAGUGGCUACGCAUAUUCAACAAAUACGACCUUUACAGUAAGAGUAAAGUUCGGGUUAACGUUGAGAAAGUGAAGCCAUACUAUCUCUCUCUCAUUGAGAAGUACUUUCCUGCCAAGCUACAAUGGUAAAGCAAUACCUGUGUGAUUUGAUUUAUGUGAAUGGUCGACACAUAGAGGUGAAAUGGGGUCAGCAGUAGCAUGCCAAGGCUAGAGAUUUCAAGCUUGGGGGUAACUUGGCUCAAACUAGUCAUCAGAGUGGUGUAUUAAAUAAUAAUAAUAAUAAUAGUUGUUCUAUUUCUGUGCAAAUAUUGUACAAGGUUUUCACUCAAUUAAACUAUUGGUUUAUUCGCGUGACUUGUCCUCCUAUAUGAAAAGACUUCAAAACUACCUGCAUCUUGACAGGAAGGAAGAUGCUCUUAUCGGUAA